ACCGCUGGCGGUUUCCCUUCAAUGGGCAGUGCAAUAUUUUCGCGCUUCUAGCGAACGGUCACCCUAAAUAAAUAAAUGACAAUUUCAAGCGUAAAAUAAACCCGUAAAAAGUCAAUGAAACGCUCGAUUUGUGAAUUGUGCACCCACCAGUGAGUGGGAAAAGUGCGGCAGACGAGGCUACCGUCACCAGGAGCCUAAAAUCUCGACCAGAAACGGAUCAAGGGCCAUUCAAAGCGUCGAGGAAGUACAGCAACAAUUGUUAUUUUUCGCCCGUUGAUUUUCUGGGGGAGGGGGCUACGAACAUCAGCCCCUUCGGUUUCUAAUUGAAUUAAAAAAAAAAAAAAGGUGGGAAGAGGCAAUAAUACCCCGGUCAGUGCAAUAAAACCUAGCAAUGGUCUUCAUCCGGGAUCCCUGUGGCAUCGCCUGCUUGGUGGUCACCUACGGCGCAGUUUUAUAUGCGGACUAUGUGGUCAUUCGCUGGAUCAUCCUGACUACGAUGCCGGGCAGUCUGUGGAUGUCCUUCCAUGUGGUGCUCUUCAACACCGUCGUCUUCCUGCUGGCCAUGUCCCAUUCGAAGGCGGUGUUCUCCGAUCCCGGCACCGUGCCCCUGCCCGCCAACCGACUGGACUUCUCCGACCUGCACACCACCAACAAGAACAAUCCGGCGCCCGGAAACGGCCACAGCAGCGAGUGGACCGUGUGCACCCGGUGCGAAACCUACAGGCCGCCGCGCGCCCACCAUUGUCGCAUCUGCAAGCGGUGCAUCCGACGCAUGGACCACCACUGCCCCUGGAUCAACAACUGCGUGGGCGAGCGCAACCAGAAGUACUUCCUGCAGUUCCUCAUCUACGUGGCCCUGCUGUCGCUCUACUCCAUCGCCCUUAUCGUCGGCUCGUGGGUGUGGCCCUGCGAGGAGUGCAGCCAGAACGUGAUCGAAACCCAGUUGCGAAUGAUUCACUCGGUUAUCCUAAUGCUGGUGUCGGCACUAUUUGGCCUCUUCGUAACGGCCAUCAUGGUGGACCAGCUGCACGCGAUUCUGUACGACGAGACGGCCGUGGAGGCGAUACAGCAGAAGGGCGCCUACCGGCCCAAUCGGCGCAAGUACCAGCUGCUGGCGGAUGUAUUUGGACGUGGGCAUCCGGCCCUGUGGCUGCUGCCCUGCACCAGUCUGAACCACGCCUCCCGCUACCACGACACGCCUCUUUUGAGCCACGAGGUCUAGGGUCCGGGAAUAUUCUUUGUAUUUUGUCCUUGUGUUUAUUGUGCGGCCAAGGCGGCCCGCGAGUGUUUUUAGUUUUUAAUUAUUGUGUGUGAUUUUCUUUUAAUCAGCCUCCCCACCCGCAGCCAGUCAAAUUGAUUCGUAAAUCGUAUUGUGUAUUAUAUGCAGAUUCCACUUAAUUUAUGCUUUAGUUUAUAAUCGUUUGAAAUUAUAAAUAUAAAGGAAGCAGGAGCAGGAGCAUACUCAAAAUGAACAUGGCUAUUUUAUAAGGAACUUUUUGCAAUCGCUUGUUUAGAAAUGCAUGCGUAGAUUAUUGGUACACCGAUGUCAACGGAACACCAAUGAAAUCUUCGGCCACCCGUGGUAUUUUUUACCAGUAUCCAACUAAGCAGCACAUUCUGAUAUGAGACGUAGGAAAAUCUCAAUUGUAUACAAUACUAAAAUAGCUAUGUACCGAGCUAGGGUAUAAGUCCUUAAGAAAGCAUUUACGAUAAACCCGAAGAUAGACGCAUAUACCAAAAACCAAGUAAACAAAGGAGAUCAAACACUCGUAUAAAAUACUGUGCAGCAAUAGAUUGUAAUGUUUGUAAUCACCUUCUUUAGUUGUAGUUUAUUGUUUUUUUGACAUUCACGACCAUCAACCAGCACUAACAAGAUUUUGAAUGUAACACCGUCAUCCGCAAAUUGUGCCCCUUGAACAGUUGUUCCCAAUAAAGCUAACCGAUAUGCAUAAGUAA